AGCAAGAAAAAAGAAAAGCAACCAAAAUCGUCACUUAUCCUCUUUUAUGACUAGCUUCUUCAAUUAAUAUUUGUCCGUAAGCAAAGAAGAACACAAUGGGUUUAUGAAAGAACAAUUCCGAAAUCAAAUAAAUUUAUGCAAAUACCUGUUCCAGUACGUUGUCUGUCCAGACUGUGCGGGAGCACGCUUUGCUCAACCGACCAGUGAAAAUGGCUGAAUGUUUUGCAUUUCAAUCGUAUUUGAUCGAUGUGUACACUUUUAUAUACACGAACAGUCGAGGCGAAUGUAAGAAAUACUUUUAUUUUCAGUUUAUUUGAACUGAGAAAUGGGUAGGCUGUAAAUAUUAUAAGAGUUACAUUUUUGAUGAUUUUGUCAACAAACACAGCCAAGUAGCCAGUGACUUGAUGACUCACAGCUGCCAGAGCUCCGGCAGUACCCGGCUUCUAAUGAAAUUGCUGGGUUUAGUAUUGAGAUGCAUUCCUAUAGUGACAGGUAUAAUUGACAGAAAUCAUAAUUUUGUUGAUAGAAAGAUGUGAUUCCCAAGUAUGUUUUUUGUUCCAGCUGAUUCAAAGAAUUAUUCAGUGCAUCAACAUGUCUGGGUACUCCUAUUACUAUGAAAAACUGUUUGUGUCAGCAAAUGAGUGUUUAGAGUCCAUGUGUUCAUGGCUGCAGCCUUACUUCUCUUGUUGCUGUGAAAUAACAGCUUCAUUCGUGAUUCAACAACUUCAGAGCAGUUCAUGUGUCACCUAUCCUCACAUAAUGUCAGCUCUUCAGCUCAUACAAAAGGUCAUAGCUCAUGUGAAUACUGCUAUACCAGCGACCUUCAUCGAACAACUCCUAGGACCUGGCUCUCCCGUAAUUAAGUUGCGCCUAUCGUCAGACCAAGCAGUGCUAUCAUCAGUGAUGAAGAUCUAUCAAGGUUUCUUGGGCAUCCAUGAUGUUCCACUUCUAGAGACUGCCUACAAGCUUACGGUAACAGAACUGAUUGACAGCUUCAGCCUUUUGCGAAAAACAUUGCAAGCCUUUGAAGCAAACGACAGCAAGUCAGAACUUCAACUAAGCAACAAUAACAAGGAAGAAACUACAGAUGAUCUAGACGGAGACAUCCAAGGUGUAACUGUGACUGUUGAAAAGAACAGCUCUGUCAGUAACCUGGUGCAAUGGCGAAGUGCUCAUGAGUUAGAGAGCAUAGUCAUCUUUGACUUGUGUGCUCUGUCUGAGAUUGCAACAUCCAAGUCUGCUAUUUUAAGGGUGAGAGUGUUACCCCUGUUUGUAGCCUGUGAACACAGAUGCAUUUCCUGCUGCAAAACAAGCCAAAAAUCCGUCUGUUUUUGCAGGUUACCCUGUUAGUUCUAAACUUGAAAUAUUAAUUCCCCUUAACCUGAGGCCGCGGUGGCCUCAUGGUUAGUGCGCUCGUC